AGGGAGGGGAAACACGAAAGCAUAAAAGGGCAUCACACUCUUCACUUACUCGUGUUAUCGCCAUGGAGCAUCCACUGUUCUUGGCUGUUUUCACUGGUUUCAUCUUUUUUACAUCUUCGAUUUUAGCAAAUCAGUGUAAUACUGGCUGUCAUGGAACACAAUCGGAAAAGAAUUAUGUUGAGGGACAAGUUUAUUCAUACGAAUUGGAAGGAAAAUCGGUAACAACCGUAACCGAUGCUCAGAAUGAAGCGACUUUUAAAUUAAAAGCCACUGUUGAAUUAAGCGCAAAACCUGACUGUAUUCGACAAAUAAGAUUAAAAAAUGUUUUAAUUAAUGGAGCUCCUAUUGCGUUAAAAGAUGUAGAGCAACAUGCUUUACAAUUUAAUUAUCAUAAUGGACACAUUGAUACUGAAAUUUGUGCACAACCUGAAGAUUCACAAGCAUCUUUGAAUAUUAAAAGAGCUGUUAUUUCUUUAUUGCAAUCAUCUGUAAUGCAAGACAGUGGUUCUACUACUCGCUAUGAGGGAGAUGUUUUUGGCGGUUGUCCAACUGACUUUAGCUUUCAAAGUGACCAAGAUGUUGUAACAGUUAAUAAAUACAGAAACUUAAAUGAGUGUACAAAUCGAGAAAAUAUUAGGGAAGGUAUAAUUAGUUCGACUUUUGAUGCGAGAUCCACUAUUCAGUCAGCACCAUUACUGUCAGCGCAGCAAAAAGUUGAACAACGCUUUAAAAAAGGAGUUUUAAAUAGAGCAGUUUCUACAGAAACUUAUAAAUUUAAACCAUUUAGCAAUGGAGAUGCAGGUGCUAAAACAAUUAUUGAAAUAGUUCUUACUUUAAAAAAUGAAAAAAAAGAUGACAAUGCAUCAACUUCAAAUGUUGUAUCUGUGCCGAAAACUAUUUUCUUCGAGUCUCCUCACCCAGUCGUUAAAGAGUCUUCAGUAAAUUCUAUUACGAAUGCAUUAAAUGCUGUUAGAGAGCAAUGUCCAGAUGCUGUUAAAUUAGAUGCCGCACAACGUUUUGUUGAAUUUGUCAAAAUACUAGGUGUGUCCAGUAAAAAGGAUAUUCUUUCAGUAUUUGAAAGUGUUAAAGGUAAAGAGAAGGAAAGAAAAAUAUUUUUGGAUGGUUUAUUCCGCGCCGGAAGUGGUGAGGCAGCUGAGGUUGCGGUAGAAUUAAUAGUGUCACGUCAAAUAAACGAAUUACAAGCUCUUAUGUAUUACACAAGUUUGCCUUUUAUUCGCCAUGUUAAUCUGCCUGCAGUUACCACAGUAACAUCUCUGUUAGAUCAGGAUAAUUUACCAAGAAUCGCAUAUUUAGGUAUUGGACAAUUAAUUGGAAAAUAUUGCCAAGAGCAUAAAUGUGAGAAUGUGCCUCAAGUUCAAGCAGCUCUUGCUAAAAUAUCAAGUAAAAUAGGCAAUGGAAAAGCAAAUACUAGAAAAGAAGAAGAUUUAUUGUUAUCUGCUAUGAAAGCACUUGGUAAUACAAGAUAUUUGGAUGACGCAUCUGUUAAAAAAAUGGUAGAUAUUUCAGUUGACAAGAGUGUAAGGAAUAGAGUUCGAGUAGCAGCCAUUGAAAUUUUACCUAAUCAUUGUUCCAUGAGUUGGAAAAAUAUCCUUUUCAAAGUACUUGAUGAUCACGAAGAAGACAGUGAAAUAAGGAUUAAAGUUUAUCUAUCUCUUGUAAAAUGUCCAUGUCCGCACGUAGCUAAUCAUAUUAAACAAGUUCUGGAUAAGGAAAACAUUAAUCAAGUUGGAUCAUUCAUUACAUCUCAUCUCCGCAAUCUACGAGCUUCUGCGGAUCCUCAUAAACAAGAAGCGCAAAAACAACUUGGAUUAAUCAAGGCGCGACAAAGAUUUCCUCAAGAUUUUCGAAAAUUUUCAUUUAAUAAUGAGUUGUCCUACAAUGUUGAUGCAUUAGGAGUUGGAUCAACAGUAGAGAGUAACGUAAUUUAUAGUCAAAGUAGUUUUGUUCCACGGUCAACCACCUUAAAUUUAACCACUGAAAUUUUUGGUCGAUCUUUUAAUUUCUUGGAACUUAAUAGUCGGAUUGAAAAUUUGGACAAAGUUAUCGAACGAUAUUUUGGUCCAAAAGGAUACUUGAAGAAAGGGGAACCUGAUGAUUUGAUAGAUGAAGGUGUUGAUCACUUGACUCUGCUUGGUAAGAAAAUAAAGGAGCGUUUUGAAAAAAUUACUCGUGGCAAACGUGAUGUGAAACCAGCAGAACUUGAGAAAUUUGCUCAAAACGUACAUUUACGUGAAACAGAGAAUGUAGAUGACGAAUUGGACUUGGAUUUGUCAGUAAAAAUGUUUGGUGUUGAAUUAGCUUACCUAAGUUUCGAGGGAACAACAAAUCAAAAGUAUACUCCUGAAUAUAUUGUUAAAAAAAUAUUUGACGCACUUGACCAAGGAAUAGAUAAAGUUAAAGAUUUUAAUUAUAAUUUAGAAAAUUAUUUAGUCUUUUUAGACGCCGACCUAGUGUAUCCUACUGGCUUAGGUGUACCAAUGACUUUGGGAGUAAUUGGUUCGAGUGUUGUCAAUCUCAAAACAAGUGGGAAAAUUGAUAUUCCAGGAAUAAUAAAAGAUCCACAAAAUGCAUUAGUAAAAUUAGCCAUGGAACCCAGUGCUUCCAUUAGAGUAGAGGGCCGAUUAAUUAUUCAAGGUUUUGAUGUAGAAUCCGGUUUAAAACUUGUUUCCACUUUACACACUGCCACUGGUUCUGAAAUUACUGUCAAGAUACUUGAUGGGAAGGGUGUUGACGUCAAUUUAAAUAUGCUUAAACGAAAACAGGAGUUAAUAAGUUUAUCCAGUCAAAUUUUGAUGAGCUCUAAUGAUGGAAAAGGUGAAAAUUAUGUUGCACCAAAGUUUCAUGGUAAAAGUCGUGAAUAUAUUGAUUGUUUUGAUCAGUCUGCUAGUGUAUUUGGUUUUAGUUUGUGUGGAAAAGUAAUAUUACCAUAUGAUACUAUUGAAUCAAUGCGAAAAAAACCACUAUUUCCUCUCAGCGGUCCAGCAAAAUUAGCCUUUUAUAUUGAUAACAUUGAUGUCACAAAUUAUCAUUUUAAAAUCUUUUACAAUACUAAGAAUCCCAGUUCACGAUCUCUGCAAGUAUUGCUGGAAACACCCAAUAGCCGAAGUAGUAGAUAUCUCAAACUUGAUAUAGAAGGUGCUCUUGAGCCUGAUAAACUUGCCAGAGUAACAUUUGAUAUUCCAUAUUAUAAAGCUUCAGCUGAAGCCAUUUUAAAAGAUAAUCCUCAGGAGCAUUCAUUGACAUUAGCUGUUCAUCAUGAUCAAAUUGAAUAUUUUGGUAAAAUUGGUGUUGAAGCAAAAGGUUCCGGAAAAUAUAAACCUAUAUUGGAAUAUAAAGUUCCUGAGCAUAUUGAAAAAUUGACUGGUACAAAAAUUAGUGGUGGUGGUGAAGAUAAUGGUCAACAGUACACUUUAGAAGGAAUUGUCUCAGUAGCUGAUCACGAAGGCGGAAAAAUGUAUAAAUUUGAAAAAGUUGUAUUAACUUCAAACCAUAAAGAUAUUAUGAGUUUAGAUGGAACAAUGACGGCUACUCCAAACGUUCGUGCACUCGAUGCAAAAUUUUCUUACGGAGAUGAGGUUAUUGAUGUACAAUUAACGGGCAAACGAUUAAAGGAAAACCAUUUUAAAUUGAUGGUUGCUGCAGUACCUCAUAAAGAUCCUAAUAUUGCUUUUCGCAUUGACUGGGAAUAUCAGAGGGAAAAGAAUAAGUUUGAACAAAACUUUAAAUUUGCACAUGGACCAGAAUCUCAACAAUCAAAAAAUCAAUUAAUUUUAAAUCAACGAGCUGCAUACAAUUUUGAUUCAAAGAAUUUUGCUCUUGGUUUUUCAAAUAAGCUUCAAUAUUCGGCUUUAAAUUUUCUUUUUAAAGUAGAAGGUGCUUUCACUAAAAAGUCGUUACAAAGCGAAAUUAUUUUUGAAUAUGAUAAAUUCAAGUUGGGAACAAAAUUAUCUGGAAAAACUGGCAUUACCCAUCAAGGUGACUAUCAAUUGGAAUUGGAAGGACAUGUUUUAAAAAAUGAAAUAAAACUAAAGUCUAAACGAGAAAUCGUGAGUGACACUAAGAGCAAAUUUGAAAAUUCAUUGGAAUUGACACCUGGAGGAAAAUAUGAGGCUGAUGCAGUAGUAAUUUACGACAUUAAACCUAAUGAUAUUAAUGUUAAUUUGGACGGAAAUGUACUUUUAAAUGGAAAAAAAAUUAAAAUAGAUACAGGACUAGAGUUUGAUUUACAGAAAAUCAAUUCCCAUGCUCAAAUUGGUGUUGAUGGUGUACAAUACGUUGAUUUUGAUAUAAAAAUACAUCGUGCUGGAAAUAAUCCUAAAGGAAAUGUUGUUUUAAAUUUAAAGAAAUACAUUUUAGCGAGUGGUCAAUAUUCCUAUCAAAAUGGUAAAGGUAGUGCCGAUAUAAAUAUUGAAAUUCCAAAAGUACGUCGAAAAAUCAAGGGUACUGCUGAUAUUACAGUUAGUGGUACACAGCACUCAGCUAAUCUUGAAAUUCUUUAUGACGCUGAAAAAGAUCCCAGUAAACGGAUAAAAUUAACAACAGUUUCAGAUAUCACAAAAACAUCAAUUGAUUUAAAAAACGUCAUUGAAAUAAUGUCCUAUAAAACAGAAGUUAAUGUCAAAGGAAAUCUUCAAGGAAAAUUUAUUGAUGGUUCCUUAAAUGGUAAUAUUGAAAUUACUUUGCCGAAUGGACAUUAUAUUACAUUCACAGGAAAGCGAACAAUGAAGAGAAAUCCUGCUGAUUCACAAUUAUUAGAUUUGUCACAAAUGCAAUUUGAAUUGACACAUUCUACCAAUAAAGGAGGACCUUCUCGAAAAGUUAUUUACAAUCAUGAAGGGAAAGAUAUUGAUUUGAGAAAACUCACUUUUCAGGUAACACAUCAAUUAAAGCUUGUCAAUUAUGACAAUAAAGAUAUUCAAGUUAGUGUUACUCUUCGAAACAAAUAUGCAGAAAAAUCAGGUGAUAAAGUAGCAGAAAUUAGCAUCAACUUGAUAGGAUCUGUUAUACCAAAACCAGUUCAACUUGAUUUACAUGUUGAAUAUAAUCCAAAUAGUGGGCUAUGGACAGGAAAAUCAUCGAUAGGAAGUGAUACAUCAUUUCAGGGAAGUGGAAAGUAUUCCAAAGGAAAUUAUAUUGAUAAACCAACAGUUUACAGUGGUACCAUUGAAGUUAAACUACCCAAUGAUAAGUUGAGAAAUUUAAAAUUGGAUUGCUCACAUAGUGUUUUAGUUUCAAAAGAUACAAACACUGCCAUGGAAUAUAUUCUUUCUACUAAUUUGAUUUACAAUGAUGAUAAGAAUAUUAAAUUAAAUGCUCAUGUGAAACAAUUGGGCGUGCCCUUUAGUGACACUAGUAAAACGGAAGGUUCUGGAAAAAUUGUUUUAAACAUUUUAAAUAAUCCACCUCUUACUAUUGAUGGAAAAUAUCAAGCGGAUCCUACUGCAGAUUCUAAAAAAGGUUCAGCAACGUUAAAUGUGAAGUAUGGAGAUAAAGAAUCAAGUGUCAAUUUGAACACUGAAUUUUUGUCAGACAUGACAUUUUUCAAAAAUAAUAUUAAAGUAAAAACUCCAAUAGAAAAUAUUAAAGAUUUGGACAUACUUUUUAGUCACAAGAAAGAAAUUGAUGAUCAAAAACAUAAUACUGACAUUUCCGUCACCCUAAAUAAUAAUAAAUAUACAAUGAAAAGUGAAAUAAAAAUUGACCCUGUAACGCCAAAUAUGCAUGUAACUUUUACAUGCCCUGCUGGAAAAACUGAGUUACUUUUUAAAUUUAACAAGCUGGGAGAAAAUGAAUUUAAAGGAGAAGUUAAAUUUGAUUCACCUAAAGCACUUGUAACGUCUGAUUACCAUAUUAAGCUUGAAAGUGUAGAUGAUUUUAUCAUUACGGUAAAUUUGGACUGUGAUAAAAUGAAACAACGUAAAAUUCAUGCAGAAAUAGCAAAUAAACCUGCCAAGACUGGUCGGAAAAUUAUUGUUACUGUAACAAGCGAUGGAAAGAAUAUAAUUAGUGGAAGUACGGAUUAUAAAAAGCACGUAGAGGCUGGAAAAGUAAUUGUUGAAGGUAAAGGUAGCCUUAAAGUCGGGGAAAAUACAAAAAGUUCAUUAUUCAAAUAUAUACAUCAAGAGCUUACAAAAGAAAUGGACAAUGAAACAGGAGAUGCAAUUUUAUUAAAUGCAAGUUUCGGUCCUUCAGCUAUAGUUGGUGAACUUAAAGUCACUAAUAAAGAAAUUUAUGUUUUUAAUAGCUAUUGUGAACAAAGUAAAGAUUGUGCUCACUUUAAAUUGCAAUCACUACUGGAUACUGAAUCAAAAUCACAAUUUAAUCAUCAACUAACUGUAGAAGUUGAUUUAAAGAAAUUCAAUGUUCCUGCCGAAUUUGGAUUAAAAACAAGCACAAAGUAUUUAAUAAAUAAUCUUUCAUAUGAUCAUACAUCAAGCCUUUAUUUACAUUCUUCAAAAGAUAAGACUGAAUAUACUACUCACCUUUAUGCCAAUUCAAAAGAAUCUGGUGCAAUCUUAACUCUACCAAAUCGUGAACUAGCAAUAAUGUCUUCAUAUGAAAUACCAAAAACUAAAUAUACUGGAGCUUAUAAGAUGGAUGUUGCACUUUAUUUAGACAGAAAAAAUAAACCAUCAGACAAAACUGGAAUGUCAGUUGGUGGACAUUUCAAUGCUGAGAGAAAUUCUGCAUCUCUUAGCGGUGAUGUCAAAUUUACAUAUCCAUCUCAACCAAAAGAUAUGACAGUUAAAGGAAGAAUUCAUUAUGGAGGUGACAAUUUAAUUGACACUAAUUUAGAUAUUGAUCUUUUUGCCAAGAAAUCUCAAAAAAUAAAUGUCAUUGCAAAACUGGCUCGUGUUUCAAUUCCUCAUGGAUUUAAUUAUACUAAUUACAUGGAAAUUAAUAGUCCAGGCCAAAAAUUGAAAAUACAAGUAAAAGAGCAUUUGUCAAUUUCAACUCUAGCCAUUGGAAUUGGAUCCAUGUACUUUUAUACAGAUGAACAUCAAAAACCAAAAAGCUUUGGUUUUGAUUUUUGUGCCAAUGAAAAAGAAGUUAAUCUUUUAGUAUUAUCUCCAAAUAAAGAAUUAAUCAAUUAUAACUCAAAAAUGACAUUGUCUGUUAAUGUACAGAAAAUUGACUCAGAAUUGAGUGUAUUAACAAAUAAACCAAUAAUUUUUAACUUUGAAGCAAAAGAUUGGAAUAGCUUCACGUUCUCCAACUAUGUUAAAGAUAAACCUAAUACAAAAAUGACUGGCAAUGGACAAUUUGUUCUUGGUCAGUUGGCUGAAAUUCGUUUAGAUGUUUACAAAGAAGGAGAAAAAAAGAAUUUAUUCUUUGCAUUAGUUCAUUUAGAUGAAAGCAAAUUCCUCAAACCAGAUUUUGACUACAAUAAAGAAAACAUUAUAUCUACAGUUGAAUAUAUUCGCAAACAAUCUAUUGAAUCCAUAAAGCAAAUUAAAGACAUUCUAGAAGAUAUAGGUGAAGAAAUUGUUGCAGAAUUAAAAGAUUUUGUUCAACAUUUAAAAAAAGCCCAACCAAAUCUUAAACCUCUUAUAGAUCAUUUCCAAACUGAAUUAACCAAACUUAUUGAAGAACUCCAUGCAGAUGAGACUGUUAAAGAAAUUCAAGUAACAUUAAACAAAUUAUUUGGUGGAGUUUUUGAGGCUUUGUCUAAAACAAUCAAGCUUUUAACAGAAAAUUUAAUGGAUUUACAAAAAAAAGUAAAUGAAAUAAUUGAUAAGUUUACAGAAUCAAUACAAGUUAUAUGGCCACAAUUGAAAGAAUCCUGUCAAAAAAUUGUACAAGUUACUGUUGAUAUUCUUGAAGCGGCUUCCAAUUUAGUUUUAAUUUAUUUUAAAGCUUUACUUAAUGUUAUUAAUGAACAUCAAAAAGAAAUGAAAGAAAUGCUAACAGUUGUAUCAGAAUUGACUCAUGAUAUAGCUAAGAUUAUUUUUAAAGCUAUGAGUCAAAUUGAGAAAGAUGUUAAAGAAUUUGUUGAUCUUCUUGUACAACAGCUUAAAUCUCUUCCAAUUUAUGAUAUUAUUAAGGAAAAGUAUCAAAAUAUUGCAGAAUACCAAAUUCCACAAACUAUUUUAGCUCCUAUUGAAGAAUUGUGUUUUAAUAUAAAGAGUAUUUUACCAACUCAAGAGCUUAAAGAUUUAUUCAAUAUUACUUACAAUUAUAUAAUUAAACACAUAAAGCAUGAAAAGGUUGAUGAUGUUACUGAAAUUAAGAAUAUUUAUACUCAUACAAUUGUAGCGGUUCAAUCCAUCAUAAAACUAUUACAUCCACAAGUGACACUCGAAAAUUUAUUCAACUACUUUGAAGCAAGAGUCCCUGCCGAUUUUAGCUUUUUACGAAAAUUACCAGGCAUUUCUACUCUUCGGAUUUCCAUUUUAAAUUUAUUGCGCAAUAAUGAAUUACCAACUCCUAUGGAUUUAUAUUACACCUACAGACCAACUUUACUAGUGGAAGAUAUUGUACCACCGUUCAGUAUGUUUGGAAUAUUACUUGAUGGAGGUCAUGUAUUUACAUUUGAUGGACGUCAUCUUAUUGUAUCAGGCACUUGCAAUUAUAUUUUAUCUCAGGACGUAUUAAAUAGAAAUUUCUCUGUUGUUGCCAAUUUCAAUAAUGGAAAUUUAGCAAGUGUAACUGUCACAGAGCCCUCAGAAAGUAUUACUAUUAAAUCAAAUGGAAAUAUAUUAGUCAAUGACAAAUCAGCUGAAUUUCCAAGCGAAACAGCAAACUUAAAAGCCUUCUUAACACCUCCGAUUUUCAAUAUCAAAUCAAAGUAUGGACUUCAUCUUAAAUGCAAUGCCAAUAGUAGUCCAAUGAUGUGUUCAUUACAAGUAUCUGGCUUUUAUAUUGGAAGAUUACGUGGACUAUUUGGAGAUGGCAAUAAUGAACCUUUCGAUGACUUUACUCUCCCGUCUGGCAAACUUACAGAAAGUGAAACAGAUUUUGUAAAUGCUUAUAAAAUUGGUUCAAACUGUCCAGCGUCAUCAGCAGCAGUCGAACAUAAAGAUUUAGCUCCACGAGCAGCAAUUUGUACAGAAUAUUUUUCUGGUAAUUCCCCAAUGAGUGCUUGUUUCAAUUAUGUGAAUCCAAAACAUUACCGAGAAGCCUGCGACUAUUCUGUAAAAGUUGGUUCAAAGAAAGGAGCGUGUUUGCUAGCUAAUGCAUAUUUUACAUCUUGUCAUUAUGCACGCAUCUUUGUCAGCGUUCCGGCUGUGUGUAGUAGUUGUAAAGAGGGGCAAAAUAGUAUUACUGUUGGUGAUGCAUUUAGUGUUAAAAUUCCAAAGAAAGAAGCAGAUAUUAUCUUUGUGGUUGAACAAGCAGCUGAUAAUGAAAAAGUUUAUAAGGAAUUAGUUACAUCAAUGAUACCAGAAUUAAGAAAUGAACUUAAACAACAAGGAAUGACUGAUGUGUAUGUAGGCCUUAUUGGAUUUAAUAAUAAAAUGAAAUGGCCACAACAUUAUACAACUGGUGGAAAUAUGAAUAUUGAUGGAGAAGUAAAAAACAUAAAGUUUGAAAAUCUUGAUCCAAUUGUUACAUUUCAGGAAGCCAAAGAAGGUAACAUUGAAAAGAAAUUGAAUUAUGUGGAACAAAGGUUGGAUGUAGAAUUAGGAACAUUUAGAUUAACAGAUGCUUAUGAAGAAGCUGUUAAUUAUCCAUUUAGACCUGGUGCAGCUAAAGCAAUAAUUGGAGUAUUCGCAUCAUCUUGUGAAAAAAGUCCUUUACCAUUAUCGCUUCAACAACUUCGACUUUUGUUGGGCCACAAAACGUAUAAAAAAAUGGGUCUUACUUAUCAUCACAUAUUUUUAGCAGGAAGCAUUGAAAUAUCAGGAAAAGUGCAGAAAAAUGUUGUAGGGUUUGAUUACGAUAACGCUUACAUCUUAACUGAUAGUAAGAAAAAACCACUUGAAGGAAGUAGUGAGCUAAAAAAUAAUUUAAUACUUUCCGAAAAUGAUGUCUGUGCUAACUUUGCCGUAAAUUCUGGAGGCGCUACAUUUAGUGCUCAAAACUACUUGGAAUCAAAACCAAGUCAAAAGAAACAAUUUGUUCAAGUUGCUGCCCGUAGAGUAGCACAAGGACUUGCCGACCUUGAACUAGAAGAAGAUUGCACUUGCAAAACAUAUUUUGGUGUACAUAGUCGACCCGUUUGUAAAAUUAUAAAUCGUACAGAAGGUGGAUUGAAGUCUAAAGGAGCAGUAGCAAAGGCUGGAUAGGAGAGAAUUGUCCAUAACAACAGUAAUAUUAAGUCACAUCUAAAUUUUUAAAUGUAUUUGAUAACAUUAAAAUAUUUUAAAAGCAUAAAUAAAUUGAUACUUUUUCAUUCUUUCUAA